AAAUUUUCGCACCGACAAUGUUUGUUUUUCGGCAAAAAUCGGGUUGCUUUGCGUACGAAUAACUGCAUUAAGUUCUUUUUUCUUCAUCCCGCACUUGUACGCUACGCACGAUAAGCGAUCCUUGUAGCCAACGAAAAGGCGUAUCGUUCACCGUGGAUCAAAGCUGGACAAAGGAGGAUUACACGAAGCUGAAACGUUCUUCCGGACAACUCGGGCCUGUGGUAUUGUGCCCACGUCCGCGGCGAUCAGGGACAGCGGUGGUAUCCUUGCUGCAUUACGUAAGAAACGAUCUACUGCAGCGAACCAACUGUCGCGACUUUUAGGUGAUAACAUCCCGCAAGCCGUAUGUGAAAGUUCUGUUCCACAGCCAAUCAGCAACAGGUCGGCGUUUUUGCGUAGAUACAAAACGCAACCCGAUAAAAAUGAACCGAUAGAAUCGCACGAUCUGCGGCGGGUGGUGAAGACAAUCUUGUGCAAUCAAACGGUGAUCGGUGUCCCGAUAACGUUUGCUGGUUACUAUAGAACAAUCCGUGAUUCGGUGCCGGACGUACGCACGCUACCCUCGCCACUGUACAAACUGGUCCAAAAAAGCCCCACGAAUGGACGGCACCGUUUGCUUGGACCGCUAUGUACUGCCUUUCGAUCGGGCACAUCAUCAGCAAACAUGAUCCCGCCAGUGAUCGGCAUACAGCUCAUGAAGGCGCACAUCUUCACCACUGCCAUCUGGUUUCCGUUGGUAAUCCUUAACACGAUUCGGGAUCAUUGUGGCUACCAUUUGCCGUUCUUUCCCAGUUCCGAGUACCACGAUUAUCAUCACGCGAAAUUUACUGAGUGCUUCGGAACGUUCGGGUAUCUCGAUUGGUUGCACGGGACGGACACAAAGUUCCGGAAGUCAAAGCAGCACCAGCGUCAUCGUACACUUUGGGGCAUUAAAUUGGCCCGAGAGUUGUAUCCGGAUAGCUGUUCUAUUUAAUUACAAAC